GGAGUGAAUCACGUAAAUAAAUAUGAGUAUUUUGUGUAUUUACUUUAUUUAGCUUCCGCGGUGUUAUUGUGUGAAUAUUCAUGAGGGAAGUAAAUAAAAUAAUUAAGUUGAAACACUUGUGUUAGUGUGUAUGUAAUGUAGUGCAUAUGCAAAAGACUGAAAAAGACUAGCUUGGCAGAACUCUAUUAGCAUAUGAGGUGAUAAUCUCUGUUUGCCUAAUUAUAAGACGAAGGAGGUCAACCCAACAAACUAUAUAUGGCACCUCAACCACUCAUCCAAGUAAAGAACUACCAGUCUCAAUUUCUCAACCACCAGAACAAUCAUUCUCAUAUUCCACCUUAUUAAAUACUGAUCUACUACAUAGACCUUGCUGAUCCAAAACGCCACCCUUUCUUGUAGGAAUGAAAUGGGGGACUCAUUAGGUCACACCUCAAAUGACACUACUAGUGAUAUUAAUACUAAAGAUGUAAAAAGUCAAGAUUCUUGGCCAGAUUUCUCUGAGGAUGAGGAGAGUCUCAUUGCUAGAAUGUUUAGAUUGGUUGGAAAGAGGUGGUCACUAAUUGCUGGAAGAAUACCAGGAAGGACAGCAGAAGAGAUAGAGAAGUACUGGACUACAAAAUAUAACUCUAAGUGAGAGGUGAAUUUUAAUGACCCAGAACCCUGCAGGCAGCAGGUGGUUGAGAAAGCAGAAAGUUUCACUUUUCUUUGGUGGAUAAAUGCUAAUGGUGUAACAGUUCUUGUUCUUGAAACUUUGUAAUGGAUUUCUGUACUACUUCAAGACUUCCCCCAGUGGAUUGCUUGUAGAUUAAAGACAGUAAAUUUCGGUGUCUUUAUAUCUUAGAGAAAAAGAAAUUUGUACACUGCUAGCUUUCAUUAAUAAUUUUACUAGUCUGAAAUAUUUGUCUUGUAUUGUACUGUUCAUUUACAUUUCUAAACCUUGCAAGCAAUCUAUGGGAAAAAUAUGCAGCUGCUUGAUGAUUA